UCACAGAGACGGUGAGGAGCCGUCUGCUAGCUGCGUGGAUGUUGGUGGCAGGCAGCUGGAAAGGAGCGGUCGGAGGUGCCGGAGGUGCUGUGGUGGCCGGCAGAUGACGAGAGCUCUGCUGGCGAGGAUCUCCGGCACUGGGACAGACAGGCAAGCCUUUUCAGUGGGUGGCAGGGAACAUGACAUCUGAGGGGGGGCACCUGUUUGCCACUUUAUUCCCUUGCUGUUUCAAGAAGGAGCAUGCCGAAAUAAGCCACUUGCAGCACAAUGCCAGGGCAGCGGCGGCACUGGAGCCCACCUUAGCGAUGCCCCCCGCCCAAGAGCUGGACGCUAUGUUCACCGAGCUGGUGGAUGAACUGGACCUGACAGAGGAGCACCGCGCUGGAAUGUUUGCAUUGCCAGCGGAGAAAAAAUGGAAGCUUUACUGGAGUAAGAAGAUGGAGGUAGAAGAGAAUAAAGGAGCAACUAGCCUUCCAGAGUAUUAUAUUGACCAGCUCCAUUUAAUGGCCACUAGAAAGACCUUGCUGAUGAUGGAGGAUGAAGAAGAUCUGCGAAGACAAAGGCUUGUCGAAGGCCUCAAAACAGCUCUGAGGACACAACCCAUGAGGUUUGUCACAAGGUUUAUGGACCUGGACGGCCUAUCGUGUCUCUUGAACCUUCUCAAGUCGACGGACGACGAGACGACCGAGUCUCCCGUCCGCACGUCUUUGAUUGGCUGCGUCAAGGCUCUGAUGAACAACUCGCAGGGAAGAGCUCACGUUCUGGGACACGGCCAGAGCAUCGACGUCAUCGCGCAAAGCCUCGCCGCGGAAAACAUUAAAACCAAGGUUGCCGUUCUGGAGAUUCUGGGCGCAGUUUGCCUGGUGCCCGGAGGCCAUAAGAAAGUACUGGAGGCCAUGCUCAACUACCAGACCUUUGCCUCAGAGAGAACACGCUUCCAGACACUGGUGACGGACCUGGAUCGAGCCACAGGUCGCUACAGAGAUGAAGUGAACCUGAAGACUGCCAUUAUGUCCUUCAUUAACGCCGUGCUGAGCCAAGGACCAGGCGAGAGCAGUUUGGAGUUCCGUAUCCAUUUACGCUACGAGUUCCUGAUGUUGGGCAUCCAGACAGUCAUUGAUAAACUUCGCUCCCACGAUAAUGCCACUCUGGACAGACAUCUGGACUUUUUUGAAAUGCUGAGGAAUGACGACGAGCUUCAGUUGGCCAAACGUUUUGACCUUGUUCAUAUGGAAACCAAGAGCGCAAGCCAGAUGUUUGAGUUGAUCAGGAAACGUCUAUCGCACACGGAAGCGUACCCUCACCUCCUGUCUGCGCUACAGCAUUGUCUCAUGAUGCCGUUUAAGCAAAACAGUACCAUGAUUCAAUACUGGGUGUUGUUGGAUCGGAUUGUUCAGCAGCUGGUCCUGCAGACAGACAAAGGCGAAAAUCCUGACGUUGCUCCCUUGGAAGAUUUCAAUGUUCAAAAUAUCGUUCGAAUGCUAGUCAAGGAAAAUGAAGUCAGACAUUGGAAAGAUCAAGCAGAUGCAAUGAGAAAAGAUCAUCAGGCACUCAAACAACGCUUGGAAAAGAAAGAAAGGGAGUGUGAGGCCAAGAACAAGGAGAAAGAAGACAUGAUGACAAUGCUCAACAAGUUGAAAGACAAACUGGAGCGGGAGAGCAAUGAACACAAACAAGCCCAACAACAACUGGCCCAAGUGUCGGCGCGGCUGAGCCAACUCGCUUCUUCCAGUGUUCCGGGCGGCCCUCCGGUCACACCAGGAGGUUUGCUUCCAUCUCCUGCUCUUCCUCCACCUCCGCCCCCACCAACGUUUGGCAAUACUCCAUUUGCUCCUCCACCACCACCACCUCCACCGCCUCCUCCUCUAGGAGCUCCUCUCGGAAGUAUAAGGCAGAAAAAUAUUCCGCAGCCAGACAACCCAAUGAAGUCCUUCAACUGGAGCAAGCUUCCUGAGAGCAAAAUAAAAGGCACCAUCUGGACAGAAAUUGACGACCUGGAGGCAUUCAAAGUCCUGGAUCUUGCAGAAUUCCAGCAGACGUUCUCAGCUUACCAGAGGCCACAAAAAGAAAGCGAUGACGACAACGCCGUGGUCAAGAGAGUCAAAGAGCUUUCUGUGAUCGACGGUCGCCGAGCGCACAACUGCAACAUUCUCCUUUCGCGGCUAAAACUGACAAAUGGGGAAAUUCGCUCCGCAAUCCUAUCCAUGGACGAACAGGAAGAUCUGCCAAGAGACAUGCUGGAACAGCUUCUAAAAUUUGUUCCUGAAAAAAAUGACAUUGAACUGCUGGAGGAACACAAGCACGAACUGGAGCGGAUGGCCAAAGCCGACCGCUUCCUCUUUGAAAUGAGCAGGAUCGACCACUACCAACAGAGACUUUUGUCUCUUGACUUGAAGAAAAGGUUUGCUGAAAGGGUGGCUGACAUCAAACCCAAAAUCAAAGCUUUGCGCGCCGCAUCCAGGGAGGUGACCCAGAGCCAAACGCUGCGGCAACUCUUGGAAGUGGUUCUGGCCUUGGGCAACUACAUGAAUAAAGGACAGCGGGGAAACGCUUGCGGAUUCAAAGUUUCCAGUUUAAACAAGAUUGCCGACACCAAGUCGAGCAUUGACAAAAACCUCACUCUGCUCAACUACAUUGUCACCGUGUUGGAGAAAAGGUUCCCUGGCUUUGUGGCCCUGAGCCAAGAGUUGCGAAAUGUGCCAGAAGCUGCAAAAGUCAAUAUGAAAGAAUUGGAGAAAGACAUGAACAAUUUGCGAUCCGCCAUCAAAAGUGUCGAAGCGGAACUCCAGUACCAGCAAAGUCAAAGCUCUUUAGGCUCAACGGAUAGAUUUGUUCCUGUGGUCACGCAGUUCCUUACUGUGGCAUCCUUCACGUUAUCUGAAGUGGAGGAGUCCUAUGUUGAGGCAAAACAUCUGCACUACAACACUUUGGAGAAGACUCGGCCAAGCUGGAGCCCGACGAAUUCUUCGGCAUCUUCGAUACGUUCCUCUCGUCUUUCUCGGAGGCCAAACAGGCCAACGAGGACGUGGCCCGACGCGAGGAGGAGGAAGAAAAACGCAAACUCCUGGAGGCCAAGAUGAAGAGAGAGCGGGAGCAGAAGGCAAAGAAAUCUCAAGUCAAUGUGCAAGGAGACGAGGGAGGUGAAUUUGAUGACUUGGUGUCCGCACUUCGCUCCGGCGAAGUGUUUGACAAGGACCUCUCCAAAAUGAUUCGCAAAAGACAUCGGCGACAAGAAACUGUCAGCAACAACCGGGAGAGACCGGCGACAAAGCUCUACCGGUGACGUGUGACUGAAGAGCAACCGCCAGCAUCUCCUUCAAGUUCCUGCUAUACUAUAGUAUGGGACAGUAUGGGACCAUGCGGUCGCAGGGGCGCCACACGCCUAUGUAGCCGUGUCCGUCGUAACCUGUCUCGCAGUAUUGGAAUAUCAUUUGUUUGAAAUUUGAUUUGCCUGUCUUUCAACUCGAGCUUUGACCAAGAACAAAGAGCACCUGCCAAGGGAUUUCUCCAUACAAUUGCAAAGCCCAUAUAGAAUGAUGAUUAAAAGUAUUCAAAUAUAGA